GUAAUGGCUGCUUUCCGGUCAGGGUUGUCACGGGUGACCUCUUAGCCUCAGCAACCGGAGCUCCAAAGAGGGACUGUUUCACAUUGGAUAGAAUUUUACAUACACUCUGGUUUGGGGAAGUUCAGCCCUCCAGACCCCAACAUCAUGAAUUCGGUGUCAACACAGUUGAUCUUAGUGCUCACUUCACUGCUGUUGAUUAUGCCUGUUGUUAAAGCUGUAGAAGCUCGAGAUGCGAUUGCACUCUUACUGGGAGUGGUUCUCAGCAUUACAGGCAUUUGUGCUUCCUUGGGGAUAUACGCCAGAAAGCGAAAUGGACAGAUGUGACUCUGGAGGACUCUUCUGAAUUAGACUUCACCCU